CCGAACCAAAUUAAACCCCGUCCUUCUCCUCCUUUUAACAUAUCGGGACUUUUCCUCCUUUGUUUUUCUCUGGCUGAUGAUUUUUUUCGAUCGUCCGAUCAUAAGCCAGAGCCCUGAAAUGGUUUCCAAGAUUAUCAAGAGAACUCCGCCACGAUCCAUCAAACGCCACAGUCUUAACCACCAUCGGAGUAAGACUUCUCCGACGAAAACGAAUGCUUCGUUCUCCGUCAUUGCCUCCCUUAACAAGUCCAUCAAGACUUGCCGUCGCCGCCUUGCCAGGCUCUUCUCAAAGUUAGCCCACGUAGCUACUCCUUCAACCACCAAGCGCCGCCACAAGGGCUACAAAAUCCUUAAACAAGAAGAACUUGAUGAAUUCGAAAGCAAUUUCGUUGUUCCUCGGGCUCUCGUAUUCGACCAAUGCUUGCUUCCACCGCUGAUUUGUGAGUCUAAAAAAACUAUCUUUCUUGAUCUAGACGAGACGCUGGUGCAUUCAAGCCCUGAUCCACCUCCCAAAAUGUAUGAUUUUGUAGUAAGGCCGAGUAUUGACGGCCAAAUUAUGAAUUUUUACGUGUUGAAAAGACCUGGUGUCGAUUUCUUCUUGGAAGAAAUUAGCAAGAAAUACGAGGUUGUGGUGUUCACCGCGGGGCUUAAGCAAUAUGCUUCACAGGUUUUGGAUAAGCUUGAUCCUAAGGGGUUCAUAUCGUAUCGGUUUUAUCGGGAUUCGUGCAAGGAAGUGGGAGGGAAGUUUGUCAAGGACUUGUCUGAAAUGGGGAGGGAUUUGGGGAAAGUUGUGAUAGUUGAUGAUAACCCAAAUGCUUACUCUUUGCAGCCUGAGAAUGCUGUCCCCAUACGGCCGUUUGUGGAGGAUGGUAGGGAUAGAGAGCUGGAGAAGCUGGUGAAAUUCUUUGAGUGGUGUGAACGGCUUGAGGAUAUGAGAGCGGCGGUCAAGCAGUAUUUUAGUGGUAGCAACGGUGGCAGCAGUGUUGUUGCGGAUGAUUACGGCUUUGUGCAGUUGAAGCAAUGACACUUGCUUUGUUUUUUCUUUCUUGGGGGUUAUUUGGGUUGUUCAAUUUGUUCUUUUCUGAUUUGUGUUCUGAACAAUAGAUUUUUUGAUAUUAAGAAAAUGCAUUUUGUUUAGAUCAAAUUCCAAUUCCUUGUUCCUCUGCUUUUUUUUUUUUUCUUUCACUUAUUUAAUUUAAGGA